AUUGGCGCGGCCGCCGGGCGCGUGCGCAGGACCCGAUGGGUCCCCGGACGCGGAAGACCUGGCCCCGCGGAGGUUCCCGCUUCUGAGGCGUGAGAGGCGGCAGGUUGUAGAAUUUGGCCUUGGCUCCGAGGGGUUCCCCCGGGCCAUUAGAACCCAAGACCGAAAAAGGAGGCACCGCGGCGGCGGCUGGUCGAACCCCCCACCUGUCCUCCAGGCAGGGAGGGGGAGCGAGGAGGAGAAGCACCGAUCGCAGGGCUGAGGAGCCUCCGGACCGGGUCCCGGAGCAUGGGGGACUGGACCGGGUCCCCGAGCAUGGGAAGCUGGAAUCUCCGAGGCUGCCCGGCCGGGCCCUGCCCGACUGUCAGCUCCUCGGUGCUAGUGCUGCCCGGGCAGCUGGGGUGUCUGUAGCCCGGCCCCGCUUGAGGUCGUUGGCCAAAAGAUAGCAGCAUGAGUUCCGCCGCUGCCUAGUUUCCUCCCCGUCCUUCUCUUCUCCCUCCUUUCUCUCUCCUCUUCCCCAUACUUCGUCCUUCUUCUUUCACUCCCCCUCGCUCCUCUUUUCCCUGCACCCUACCCUCCUCCUUUCCCCCGUCUUCUUCUUUUCCCCCUUCUGUCCUCCUCCUUUUACCCUGUUUGUCUUCCUGCUUUUCCAUCUAUCCUUUUUCCCUCCCUCUUGCUCUUUUACCUCCUCCUUCCAUCCCUCUCCUUCCUCGUUCCUCUUCCUUUAUCCUGUCACCCUCCACCACGACCUCUCCACCCUCCUCCCCUCCCUCACUCUCAUCCUCCCUUCCUCAUCCUCAUCCUCCUUCCCUCCCCCUCCUCUCCUGCUUUUCUCCGCCCCCGCCCCCAAGCCUCCGCCCCUUAGCCCCCGCCCCCAGCUGCCGGUCCCCAGCAGCUCAGUCCUGCAGUGAGAGUCCUGGGAGUCCAUAGCUAAGCACCAGGAGCUGAGCGCUGUCCGCCGUGCCUGCCGGCAAGUCUCCGACAUGGCUCAGGAGAAAAUGGAGCUGGACUUUGAGUCUGACACAUCUGAUGGGGUCACCCUGAGGAGAGCCAACAGCGCUCCCCUGAUCCAUGGGCUCAGUGACCUUUCCCAGGUUUUUCAACCUUACACGUUUAGAACUCGGAGGAAUAGUACAACCAUGAUGAGCCGUCACAGCUUGUUGCUGUCAUCCUCACCUAAUCGGAUUCCUAGCAGCAGACUGCAUCAAAUCAAAAGGGAGGAAGGCAUGGAUAUGAUGAACAGAGAAACUGCACAUGAAAGAGAAGUGCAAACCGCAAUGCAGAUAAGCCAAUCAUGGGAUGAGAGCUUGAACCUGAGUGAUAGUGAUUUUGACAAGCCAGAGAAAUUAUAUUCUCCUAAAAGGAUUGACUUCACUCCGGUUUCUCCAGCACCAUCACCCACCAGAGGAUUUGGAAAGCAGUGUUUUUCACCAUCCUUACAAAUGUUUGUGAGCAGCAGCGGACUACCACCAAGUCCCGUUCCUAGUCCAAGACGCUUUUCCAGCAGGAGAAGCCAGAGUCCGGUCAAGUGCAUUAGGCCCAGUGUUCUUGGUCCUCUUAAAAGAAAAGGUGAAAUGGAGACCGAAAGCCAGCCCAAGAGGCUCUUCCAAGGCACUACCACUAUGCUGUCUCCGGAGGCUGCACAAUUGUCUGAUCUCAGUUCAUGUUCAGAUAUUUUGGAUGGCAGUAGUAGCAGCAGUGGCUUGUCCUCAGACUCACUGGCUAAAGGCAGCACAACCGCAGAGGCUCCAGUAGCAUGCUCCAAUUCAUGCUCUCCGUUCAUCUUGAUGGAUGAUCUCUCACCCAAGUGACUUACCCAUUUCUGAUUCAGUGUUCUAACUGCUGUUUCCUGCAGAAAACAUUCAGGGAGGAACACAGGGAACUUUGAUCCGUAAUGAGGAUUAAAGUGUUACUGAUCUAAACCAUUUUGAUGCCGUUCUUUUUUGGCACUUCUCUAAAGUUUGAUUUUUUGAGUGUAGUAACCUUACUUAGGUCUCUUUUUGCUGAUCUCAUUUUGAACUAGUAAUGAAAUCUCAAAUACUCAUUUUUGAUUGCUUAGAGUACAUAUAUAUAUAUAUAUAUUUUCCUCAGUGCUUCAAAGAGCACCUAUUUUAGAGUCUAUACAUUUAAGGAAAGCACUAAUAUGUAUUUUCGACAAUGGUUCUUUUUCCCAGCAGUGUCAUGACAGCUAGAGUUGAUCAGAAAUUCUCUUGCUUGAGAGAUUUUUGUUGUUGUUGUUCUCUGUUGACUACAUAAGUCUCAAAUCUCUUUAUCUCACAAUAUUAGAUGAGUUGCUUUUGAUAUAAAUUUUUAUUUUUCUGCAUCAGCUUAAAGUACAUUAUUUUGUUUCCCUUUCCUGUUUGAGCUGCUUCCUUGCCAUUUCUCACAAAGGGGAAAAAACAUGUCGUUGCUUUCAUUACUGUGCAUAUUGCUUCUUUGCUGUUGGAGUGUAGGAUACAAGGAUUGAUUUUAGUGCUGAGAAUGUAAACGGACUUAACAGGAUGCCGGGAUUAGUCACCACAGCUUCUUAUGACUUAGCUACCCCAGUUGAUAUUGUUCUCCUCAAACCUGUUGCCCUAAGGAAUAUAUAAAAUAUUGUUAAUGUUUCUAGGUGGUGUUAUCAAGGAGAAGAAAUUCCUGCCUUGACCAGAUGUGUGGAGCAUCUACAAAUGAAUGAAUAAUGUUAUUUACACACAAACCACUGUGUAGAAAAGUGUACACGGAGCUUGACAGCUUGUCUUGGGUGGUGUAAUGAGGCCUGAGGGGCCUUGGGGUUCAGUGUCAUGCUGUAAAGAUGUAUAUCAUAAGGUAGGAUAGAAAAGGGGCUCUGUGUCUGAUUGCCACAUACCGUUUUGAUUGCUGCUUCUUUCUGAUUACUUUUUCGUCAUUGGAGUUGUUUGUUUUGUUGUGUGGUGAGUGGUGUUGUCGACUGUAUUUUGGUUAUUGUGUUGCCCCCAGAAUCAGAGUCCAGUUCUUAUACAUGCUGCCUUAUAGGAAGCGCAGUUUAAUAUCUACGAGGAAGCUUUUAGGAGCUGCCAAAGUCAAUGUCAUCGUGCAUUCUGCUUUUAAGAAGCUGUUUGAGCUGUCAACAGUGUACAUGAUAGUAAGUCUGCGGUACCAUAAGUUAUUUAACAUUUAAAAGAGGAAAAUCCCGAUAGAGCUAUUUUAAAACCUGAGUGUAAUCUAUUGCCGUGUUAUUUAUUAUUUAAAACUGUGUGCAAAAUGUCUGUUGUGAUAGAUUUCUUUUAAUGGUCAGACAUCGUGGUUGGAUUGUCUGUAUUUAACAUGCAAAUUUGCCUGCUAGGACCACAAUAUUCCAUUUUUAAAUGAAUGUAAGAAAUGAAAACUACUGCAUUUGUGUCUUUUGAAGGCAAAGGUCGUUGAAUUUUAAAGGAAGAUGAUGUGCUUUGAGGGUACCCACAGACUAGUAAUACUGUAGGGCUUGAAGGGAAACCUAUUCUCUCUGAAUUAUAAGAGAGCAUCACUUAGCUUGCAGUAAGUAGUUCUGUUGUAGCAUCAGCUGUAUUGUUUAUUUUAAAUUGUGGUAACUGCCAUAAUGGUCAUUAAUGGCUUUAUUUCUCAUAUUGACUUUCAUCUGUGCAAAGUCCAUAAUCCUUCAAACCUAACAUGAAUGUAUAUAUUAUGAAGAUUGUUCUCUAGUAUGUCAUUUUAAAGAAAAAUUACAUCAGUGGUAUGCAGUGUAUUUAUUCUGUUUGUGAAAGAACCAUGUUAAAAGUCUCUGCCUAUAUAAUACUAAGAGAUGGUUUUCUCCUAUAGGGUAUUUAUCCACCAGCUCUCUACUGUCUUCUUUGCCUUAAAGGGACACUUUUGGCCAUCAUUUUUUGGCUCUAAUUUAGGACUCUUAAGACAUAACCUUUAGAAUGUAAUGAUAUUUAAAUUUAUUUUAAAUAAAAUAAAUUUAUUUUGGGGUAGAAUUGGGACAGGAAAAUGAAAUUGUUCCUCUGUUAUGAGAACUAGGAGGCAAGGUAACUGACUUUACUGUUUAAGCCAAGGUUCAUUUUUAUUGUUUAAAGUGACUAGAGAGUUAAGUUUGUGCAGGGGUUGUUUCGGAUUACAUAAAAGAUAGACAUGCUAACCUUCAGGUGAGCUUUGUUGACAGUACUCCUUUAUUUUUAUAUAAAGUCUAAUAUUUGAAAAGUGAUCAUUGUUAUAAAGUAAAAUUCUCUCUUCCUAUUCUAAUAUAUCAUAUUUCAGGCUUCUAUGUGAAAACAAGUAUAAGAGAUGAUAUGAUAAGAAAAUUUAAUAGAUGCUCUUUUUGCUUGACUGACAUAUAAUCACUGUGUUUCAUGAUAACUGCUUUUGGAAUAAUAAUAAGUUUUGUGAACUGCUGACCUUGUGUAUAUCUUAGAGUGCAAAUUUAAUAAAGUGUGUACACAUGCAUAAAAUUCUGUAAAAUUUUUAAGCCUAUCCAUAUCCCAGUAUUGCAUUCUCUGUGUCUAAUUGCAGUCAAGUUUUGAAUAAAAGGAUAU